AAAAAAAAAAAAAUCGGGCUCCGUCUACUACAAGCGCGCGGCGGCUGCAGGUGCUCUCUGUCUCUUCUGGAGAGAGGAGGAUGCGGACGGACGGAAGGACGGGGGAGGGAGAGAUUAAAAAAAAGAAAAAGAAGAUAAGUGGGGGGUGGGGGUGCGGUGGGCGAUGAAGGGAAACGCCGCGAGGAAGUGAGAGGCAGAUAUGAGAGACGAGGGGCUUUGAAGAGGAGUCCGCGAGGCGCAGAGGAAGGUCGAAGGAUGAGAGAGUGGUCGGUCGGGGCACUUUGCGUGGUGAAUAGCUGGUCGGCGACAGUACUAUGAUUUGGUAUGUGGCCACUCUGAUAGCAAGUGUUUUCAGCACCAGAGGAACGGCCGCUCAAGGUGCCCACGGCGUGAGAGAGGAGCCCCGGUUUGUGACGGCACGCGCCGGAGAGAGCGUGAUCCUGGGGUGUGACGUGUCCCCUCCCCUGGACGGCCAGCAGCCCCCCUACGUGGUAGAGUGGUUCAAGUUCGGAGUGCCUAUUCCCUUCUUCAUCAACUUCCGCUUCUACCCUCCUCAUGUGGAUCCAGAGUACACGGGUAGAGCCUCUCUGCAUGGGAAGGCCUCCCUGCAGAUCGACCCGGUACGCUCUGAGGACCAGGGCUGGUACGAGUGCAGGGUCCUGAUGCUGGAGCAGCAGUACGACACCUUCCACAAUGGCAGCUGGGUGCACCUCACAGUCAACGCCCCACCCUCAUUUACAUCAACGCCACCACAGUAUGUGGAGGCGAAGGAAGGGGGAAGCACUCUGCUUAGCUGCUCUGCCCAGGGAAAUCCGAAACCAACGAUCAGCUGGCUGAGAGAGGGGGAGGAGCUUGCAACCAACGCAAAAUAUUCAGUACAUGACGGCAGUCUGACCGUCCUCGGCAUCACCAGGGAUGACAGAGGAGCGUACACGUGCAGGGCGUACAGUGAUCAGGGAGAAGUGCUUCACACCACCCGGCUGUUGGUUCAAGGGCCUCCAUACAUCGUCUCACCUCCUGAGAACGUGACAGUAAACAUAUCGCAGAAUGCACUCUUCACCUGCCAAGCCGAGGCGUAUCCUGGCAACCUGACCUACACCUGGUUUUGGGAAGAGGACAACGUCUACUUCAAGAACGAUCUGAAGCUCCGAGUGCGCAUCCUCAUCGACGGCACGCUCAUCAUAUUCCGGGUCAAGCCGGAGGACGCCGGGAAAUUCACCUGCAGUCCGAGCAACAGCCUCGGUAUCUCGCCCUCAGCAUCAGCCUACCUGACUGUUCAGUAUCCUGCCCGAGUGAUCAACAUGCCUCCAGUCAUCUAUGUCCCACGGAAACUGCCAGGCAUCAUCCGCUGUCCCGUGGACGCCAACCCACCGGUGACAUCCGUGAAGUGGGAGAAAGACGGCUACCCGCUCAGGGUGGAGAAGUAUCCUGGUUGGAGCCUGAUGCCAGAUGGAAGUAUCCGGGUGGCAGAAGCCACAGAAGACUCCCUGGGCACCUACACCUGUGUGCCUUACAACGCCCUGGGUACCAUGGGCAUGUCCCCCCCUGCCACUUUGGUGCUAAAGGAUCCCCCUUACUUUAAUGUGAGACCUGGGGGGGAGUACCGUCAGGAGGCUGGGAGAGAGCUGGUCAUCCCCUGUGCUGCUUCUGGAGACCCCGAUAUACCCACCAUCACCUGGAGAAAGGUGGGGAAGCCAAGCAGGAGCAAGCACAACAUCCUACCCAGUGGCAGCUUACAGUUUCUCUCCCUCAGCAAGGAGGACCAUGGAGAGUGGGAGUGUGUAGCCACCAAUGUGGUCACAAGCAUCACUGCCAGCACACGCAUCCUCGUCAUCGGCACCAGCCCACAUGCUCCUGGCAACAUCCAUGUGUUGCCCUCUACAACCUCUGCUAAUGUGUCCUGGGAACCAGGUUACGAUGGCGGCUUCGAACAGACUUUCUCUGUGUGGUACGGUCCAGUGUCUAAAAGAACAGACUUCGGUCCUCAUGACUGGCAUUCGAUGCCAGUUUCUGGUGCUCAGACCUGGUUGGUGGUCCCUGGGUUGGAGCCUGGUACAGAGUACCAGUUCAGUGUGUUGGCUCAGAACAAACUGGGCACGGGCCCAUUCAGUGAAGUUGUGACAGUCACCACUGCAGGCUCUCCCCAGGGUACCGCGGAACCGCUGGUGCUUCUUACUCCACCACGAUGCCUCACAGCCAAUCGCACGCAGCACGGUGUCCUCCUCACGUGGCUCCCUCCAGGCAACCACUCCUCACCCAUCGACAGAUACAUCAUGGAGUUCCGCCUCGGGGAGAGGUGGGAGGUUCUGGAUGACCUGAUCCCAUCCACCGAAACCGAGCUCAUAGCAAGAGACCUGGUUCAGGAGUCCUGGUAUGAGUUUCGAGUGAUGGCGGUCAUGGAUGAUCUGAUCAGUGAGAGCAGCAAUGUAGUGGGAGUGUCCAGCACAGACCCGUUCCCUGCUGCAGAAUUGCCAGAAGAGGGCCUGGCGCGACCGGUGGUGGCAGGCGUUGUGGCGACGAUCUGUUUUCUGGCAGCAGCAGUACUGUUCAGCACUCUAGCAGCUUGCUUUGUUAAUAAGCAACACCGUCGAAAACUCAAGCGUAAACCAGAUCCUCCCUUGUCGGUGACACACUUCAGGAAAAGCAUUGAGUCGCCGUUAUCAUCAGGGAAGAUAAGUCCAGAGAGCUCCCCUCCAUCUCGACCCCGCUCUCUCUCAUCAGAGGGUUCCCAUGGUCCUGGCCUCUACGUCAGAAAGCUGCCCAGCCCUCAGAAAGAUAAAGACAAAGAGCUUUCCUUCUACAAGAAAACCAAGCGUGCCAUAGUCAGCAAGAAAUACAGCGUGUCUAAACAUGAGGCCGAGGUCACCACGCCCAUUGAGUUGAUAAGCCGAGGUCCCGACGGCCGCUUUGUCAUGGAGACCAGCCCACCUCUUCGCCGAAUCCAGGGCUUCCCCUUCGCUGAGGAGUCUGACUUGUACCCUGAGUUCCGGCAGUCUGACGAGGAGAAUGAUUUUGACCCUGGGCCUCUGCCACCCAUCAUGCCCACUUUGAGGCCUCAACUCUCCCCAACGUCCUCCAGCCUGGAGUCAACGCAGCCCCCCACCUACAGUCCUCGCCUGCACAGGCCCAUGGAAGGUAUGAGCUUUGCAGAGGGCAGAGUACUUCACGCCUCGGGGCAGGCGCCAGUUUCCCGCUACAGGGGCUUCCCCCAGGGCCCGUUUUAUGGAUAUCUAGGCAGCCGUGCUGAAUCAGGGAUCCCACCACCUUUCUACAUGCCUGACAUCAGCCCGCGUAGCUCCGCUCUGUCUUCUCCCCCAGGCACCACCGAGGGGCCCUUUGGUUACCCCUCCAUCCCUGAGGAAAGUGGAGAGUUGGAGCACCAUCAGUACACUGCCUCUGGUCAUUCUCUGUCUCACACCCACAGCCCUCCUCCUCGCUCACCUGAAAGCUGGCACCCUCAUGAGUUACCCUUUCUGGGUCUAGAGGGUCCACGAUUUAUAUACCCACCACACCAUCCUCUACGUCAUCCCCAGGACCUCCCUGAUCCACCCCCUUACCCUCCUCACUCUCUCCCCCCUAGUCGCUUUCACCUCCCUCCCCUAAAAGAUCCAACAAGCCCUGGACUUCUGCAGCUGGAGGUCCCUGUGGCUCCACCAGGCAGAGACAGGCCCCUGGGGCCUCCGGUUAGGCGUUUAGCUAUGCAACAGGCCCAGAGUCUCGGCCAGCUCAGACACACGGCCCACGGUGUGGGUGUACCAGUGUUGCCUUACCCUGACCCGGCAGCCCGCACAGGGAGCCCAAGCACAGCCCCCAGUAGUAGCCCUCAGUCCUGGCUCAGCCCGAGGGCAGGGCGCCGGGCAGACCCCAGCCUACCCCCGUUAGUACUCCAGCCCUCCCGCCUUUCUCCACUCUCCCAAAGCCCUCUUAGCACCCAGCCAGGUUCCCCAGAUAUUCUAGUUCGGCCCCCGCCACGACCCAGCAUCCUUCGCACCUCUCGGUCUUUGGAGAUGCCAGAGAUCACCCUGCAGCCCUCGGCCACCGUCAGCUUUUCUCGGAGGUCCUCCCUGACCACAUCUCCCACUCAGAGCCAGGGCGCCAAGCAGUCCAGCCCCAGUUACCAUAUGUCCUAUGCCUCCACCGCAGCCAGUUACCCCUCCCAGUCCCCCUCCCCCCCUCCGGAGGGCAGGGAUGUUUUCGGGCAGAGGCCAUCCCAGAGAAGGACAGAAGAGGAGAUGCUGCCCUCAGAACCCUCUCAGCUCCAGAUAUCAGCCUCAGGGGGACCUCCAGGUGCGUCUAGUGCUACUGCCGGGUCUGAGAGAUUACCAGCACUGCUACACCACUGUAUAACUAAAGCAAAGGGGGUGGCUGCCAACAACAAUAACAACACGACGUCCACGAGGAGAACAGAUGCGUCUCCCUCUCAGACCCAGCAGCAAUCCGAGACACCCCGAGACGAAGACGAGCUCAGCCUCCACAGAAAGAGUAAAAAGCAAAACAAAAAGAACCCUUACCACUAUCUGACCUCCUUCCUGCAUCGCAGGCAGUCCGAGGAGGACCAGACAGGCAUUCUGGCCAGUGCAGACUCUGAGGGCCCAAACUAUGGAACUCUACGCUGACCCGCCUGCCCUUCAAGCCAUUGGACUCCACUAAACUGGCGCCUCCUGGGAAAAAAAAGGGAAAAGGAAGAGAAAACACGUCAGCCCUCCCUGCUCCAGCCCCAGUAACAAAUAUGUUUCUUAAAAUCCCUAGAAGUUUGAUUUAUACUCAUGGAGCAGGAAACAUCGUGCUGAAUCCUCCCGGGUUGGAAAUCUCAUCCGAAGACUAGAACAAUGGCUCUUUUUUUUUUCUGGGGGUAAAUUUCACUUGAAAAAUGCUCUGAAAAUAUAUAAUGUAUAUAAAUAGUAAAACAAAGGA